CAGCUUUGCACUUUCAGUUUGGCAAAAAAUGCAGAUUUGGACACAACAGCUGGUUCAGAUGCCGAUAGGGUAUUCAGAGAUCAUUGACUGGUGGCAAAAAGAAUUAGCACAGCUACCUAAGAAGACAAGAAGAACCAAAGCGGCCUUCAUGAUGUAUGGUGCGUGGAACAUUUGGAAAGAGAGAAAUCGACGUAUUUUUGAGCACAAGGAAGGAUCACCAGCAGAUGUAAUGCACGAAAUCAAGACGGAAGCUCAAACAAGAAUAUUGGCAUGUGGAGGGCAGAGUUACCUUAGUUAUGUAUGUUAAUUUUCCCGUCUAGUGAUGUGGUUUUCGAGUCGGAAUUUGAUUUGUUUUAUGUAAUAUUGAUCCUGUAAAACUUUGUUACUGCUAUCCUCUUCUUAAAUGACAAUACAGUAGUGCUCCUGCAAACUUCUUCAAAAAAAAAAAAUCGGCCUGGAACCUCAGGCCCACCAUCCAGGGGCCCGCCUUUCACGAACUGUCCGGGUGGGGUGGUGGAUUCGUCCGCCCUCCCUAUUCCGAUCCGUCUUCGCCGGCGGGCACCACCACCACCAUGGCCGCCGCCGCCGCCGCCGUCUCCUCGCCGCGCCCGUCUCCCCUCCCUCAACCCACGACCACCAACGCGACCUUCGUUACGUUCCCGCGGCGGCCGCUCCCCGCCGCCGCCGCCACCCUCGCGCUCUCCGCCCCGUCCCCGCCGUGCGCGCGGGGGUCGGCGCUGGUGCCGGCGGCCAACCCCAAGUACCACAACGCGAAGGUGGACGCGGGCGACGAGGACGUGGACGGGGAGGAGCUCCUGCGGCGGUUCACGUGGCAGGUCUCGCGGGCGGGCGUCAUGGAGGAGAUCAGGCGGCGCCGGAGGCACGAGGACGCGCGGGACAGGCGCAAGCGCAAGGCCCGGUCCGCGGCCCGCAAGUUCCGCCGGAGGCUAAUUUUGAAUUCUUUAUAAGUUGCGCGUUAAUCAGAAAUGAGAGUUCUAGGCUGCUAUUUGAUCAUAUAUACCUGAUUAACAGUAAUGUACCUGCCAAAUUCGUAAGGCAGCACGGUAGCAUUUCGAACCAGUCUGAAGCUGCGUCAACUAUGUCAGUACAUACCACUAUCAGUUCCGAAUGGAAAUAAUUGCAACGUUGCGCGUGUGAAAUGAUCCUAUCAGAGUCCUAUA